AUGGUUGAAGAAACAAUUUUAGGUAAGUCUGGUGGGUUGCGUCCAUUGGAUAUGGUUAACCAGCCAGCCAUGUAUACAGAAAGGUAUAAAAUGGUUAAGAAACUCUUUUCCAUAUUGAAAAAAGUAAAUCCUAAUACCAAACAGGCUCUAGAGGGUUUAUCAGUGCAAUUGGAAUCAUUGGUUGCUAAAUUAUCAAGAUCCGGACAAAGUUACAGGUUCAAUAUGAGCGUUUUAAUAAGGGAUUUGUUAAAAUUCAAAGGAGAUCUUUUAGAUAUUAAAAUUGCUGGUAAAUUAUUAUAUGGAGAGAUUGAUGAAAAAUUCUUACCAAAAUCAAAAGUGGUGAAGGAAGUUAUAAAUAUAACGAAAGAUGAAGCGCUCAAAUUAUUAAACUCUGUUCUGGUACCAUCCGAAGUUUUGGUGAAAAAUAAUUAUAUAAUGGACAUUUAUUCAGACAAGAAAGAAUUCAAUGUAACAGGAUAUAUACCCUGUUCUAGGUGUAAUACUAAGUUUCAAAAAAAAGACAUUAUGAGGAAAACCAUCUGUAAAUACCAUCCUUUGAAGAAACAAAGGUCAGAUAAAGAUAGGGAAGAGAUAUAUCCUUGCUGUGGCAAAAGUUCCAGUUCCACUUGUGAACUUCGACUCGGGUGUAAGACUAGUGACAACCAUGUCUUCAGAUAUACAAAUUAUAAUGAACUCAGUACAAUAACUGAAUUCAACCAUACAAAAUAUGUAGAUGGAGAAAAGAAUGUACUGGCGUUAGAUUGUGAAAUGGCAUUCACCUCACUUGGAUACGAAAUGAUACGGUUAACAAUUGUUGAUUUCUUUACUUCACAAAUACUUUUUGACGAAAUUGUCCAACCGAUAGGUGACAUUAUUGAUUUGAAUACACAAUUUAGUGGAGUUCAUGAAAUUGACAGGUCAAAACAUUUAACAUACAACGAGGUUAUUUCUAAAGUUAUUAUUAAAGAAUUGAUUAAUAAAAAUAGUAUUCUGAUUGGUCAUGGUUUAGAAAAUGAUUUAAAUGUAUUACGGAUUAUUCAUGAUAAUAUAAUUGAUACGGCUAUUUUAUACUCAAAGGGUAGAUAUAAAACUUCGUUGAAAAAUCUUUCCUUCGAAGUGCUUAAUAGGACUAUACAAACUGGAGAGCAUGAUAGUUCAGAAGAUGCAAUAGCUGCUAUGGAUGUUCUCAAGAAGAAACUGGGCAUUCCAAUUGUUAAGAAAAACUGGGAACGAUCUUAA